AUGCAAGAAAAUUUUUUUAAUAACAUGAUGGAGUCGGUGGGAUUGUCUUUGUUUGGGCAAAGGAUACGGUAUAAGCUUCCUUUUGAGAAGUUUAUAGAGCUGAACCGUUGUAUACUAGAGAUGAUAUUUUCGAGAGAAUGUGUCUAGCUGCAAAGUGGACAAAAGCGGUUGUUAUAUUUACGGAGAAGGAAUAGAUUCUUGAAGAAUGUAAUGAUGAAAAGAGCUUGUGAAAACGUCAAU